CUCACUUUUCACUAUGAGAUUAAACCCUACCCAAACCACCGUAGAACUGCUCACCGUCUCAAACCACCGCCGCUCACCAGCUUCUCACUUCUACCGUCUUCUCACACCACCGACGAACUCGCCGUCUUCAAUCUUCGCACCAUCUCGUCUCCAAAUUUCCCCGUCAAAAAAUUGCUUCUGUUGAACAAAAUUUCCUCGUCUCCAAAUCUUCGCCGUCUUCAAUCUUCACACCACCGACGAACUGCGUCUUUGAAGGCUUGAAGGAGCCUAUAUGAGAUGGAUGUACCCGAUUGAACGUUACAUGAAGAUAUUAAAAGGGUAUGUGAAGAAUCGAAGUCGACCAGAGGGUUGUAUUGUUGAGAGGUAUAUAGUUGAAGAAGCUAUUGAGUUUUGUACCGAAUACUUCUCUGAUGUUGAAUCAAUAGGGCUUCCAAUGUCACGACACUCGGGCAGAACAACAGGGGAAGGGAUUGGUGCAAGUAAAGUAGUGACUAUCUCAAAAAUCAAAUGGGAGCAAGCACACUUGUAUGUCUUGCACAAUACCGAAGAGGUUGAGCCAUAUGUUGAAAUGCAUAAGGAAGAGCUUAAGAGUUUGAACCCUAACAAGAAUGAAAAUUGGUUGACAAGAGAGCACAAUCGAAGUUUUACAUCAUGGCUAAAAAAUCACAUUUUUACACAAUUUGCUGAAAAUCCAAAUUCAGUUUCAGAAAGAUUGAGAUGGCUAGCAAAUGGUCCAAAUCUAGAUGUUCUCUCUUAUUCUAGAUAUGUAAUUAAUAAGUAUACAUUUUAUACGGAAGAUUAUGAUCACCAAAGCACUAUGCAAAAUAGCGGUGUCACGGUUAUAGCAGAAUCUGUACAUAUCUCAAGUUCCAAAGACAGAAAUCCCUCAUUUGCUAAAUUAUCAUAUUUUGGGGUUAUUGAACAUAUUUGGGAGUUGGAUUACUCAUGCUUUAAAGUUCCCGUGUUCGGUUGCAAGUGGGUUGACAACAACAAUGGCAUUCAAGUUGAUGAUUAUGGGUUCAUGAAGGUGGAUCUCAAUAGGGCGGGGUACAAAGACGAGCCUUUUAUUUUGGCAUCACAAGCUCACCAAGUGUUCUAUGUCACUGAUCCUGAUGAUGAAAAGUGGUCUAUUGUGCUUCUAACUAACAAAGUAAAUGAUCACUAUAAUCAAGAAUGUGAAAAUAUUGAUAUUGAGGAUGACCCUUUCAUAAACACAUCGCAAUCGUUUGAUAAUGAUCCGACUAUGGAUGAUAUUCUCUAUAUGAGAAGAGAUCACGAUGAGGGAAUUUGGAUCAAUCCAUUUCGUGUAAAUAAAAAAAGAAGUAACAAGCCAACUAGGAAGAGGAAAAGACGAACUUGAACGUUUGUGUAUGGUGAAUGACGUCUAAUAAUGAUGAAUGUGCUCCUAGUAGAAAGAAAGAUGUUAAACGCGGUUUGACCCGCAUGCAAAAAACUCACAAAGCUAAAAGCAAUGGAAUAAAAGAAGAGGACAGAACUGAAACUUAUUGUGGUCUGUUACGUACAAUGGAAUGCAAAAGGUCAACCGAUUGGGCAUAAUAGUGAGGGUUUUGUUAGUUACAUUGGAGUGAUUGUUCGUCUGCUAGUUCCACUUGAUACGAAUAAUUGGAGAGCGAAAAGAAACACGACGUUGGCCGGUUAUAAACAAAAUGUUUGGGAAGCGAUACAAAAAGCAUAUGUGGUUGGCGAUGAACGUCGCCAUUACGUACUUAGAAAAGCUGGAAUGUUGCACAGGGCAUUCAGAACUGACAUGAGACAAAAACAUCUAAGAGACAGUGAUGGUAAUUAUAAAGAACAUCCUCCGAGAGACUUAUAUCCCCAAAUUACAAAAGAGCAUUGGAAUAGUUUUGUAGCUUGGUCUAAGACCGAUGAGUUUCAGAAACUUAGUAAAGCAAACCGGGAAAGGGCGUUAGAUCCUGAAUAUCCAUAUAGAGGUUCACGAAAAGGGUAUGCUCGUCUAGAAGAGGAUAUGAAUGGAGCUAUUGACAAUGCUAAUGUUCAAAGAAUUUUGGAUAAAUGUGAGGAAUUAGCACAAACAUUACCCGAAGAAGAGGUAGAAAAUCGUGGGCGUAAAGACAUAUUAUAUCAGGCUCUAGAUCGCCCAAACUACUCUGGCCGUGUUACGGCUAUGGGUUUUGGCGUAUGUCCUAAAGACGUGUUUCAGCCUGAAGUUCCUGCUGCCAAACAAAAGACAGUUGAAAAUAUUCAUGCUAUGUAUCAUCAAGUGAUUGAGAGAUUGAAUAUACUAGAGAGAGAGAAGGAAGAGAGGCAACGAGCCGAUGAAAUAAUAGGGAAACAACCAGAAGCAGUAGAGAGAGAACAACCAAGUGUCAUGGACUCCUGUAACCCUGUUGACUUUGACACCAUUCCGAAGGGUAUCUCAUCAAUCAAAAUAUAUGUAGCAUCCCCUAGUCGUAAAUUGGUGGCUCGUGGCAAGUUACAUAACACCGAUGGUGAUACGGUGCAUGGCAUCAAAUUACCAUUGGGAUAUGUCAAAGUUACGGUUGAAGUUGUAAUUGUGGGAGAUGCUCCGUUGCCUAUACCCGUUGAAGAUGGAGAUGUUUCGACGAUUGGUCAGGCGAUAGGUACAAUUGUGGCAUGGCCAUUCAGUCUUGUCGAAUUUGUUGGUGAAUGUGGAAAGAUCAAUCACAAAUUACAAAAUAAAGAUAAGAAAAUGCAACGUAGUGCUGAAUCAGUUGCUUCACCGAGCAAAACUAGGAAGAAAAUGAAAAAACAAGAGCAGUCACCUAAAGUUGGCGAUUCAAAUUUUUCAAAAAAUUUAGAAUUCCUUCAAACUUAUGUGACACACAUGUGGGCUGCGGAGUCGGUGUUGCAAGUAAGUAUGGGGGAGAAAGUAUUCGGUGAGGAAUUUCCUGAGCAUUUGCAUGCAGAGCAUUUAAAUGAAGUCCUUAAGCAUGAAUGGCUAAGUGCAACUGUUAUCAACCUUUAUGCUAGGUACUUAUAUGACAAGUUCAUAAGUCCCGGGGGAUUAACAAAUAAGCUAUCUUUCUUAUCCCCACAUGAAUCACGUGAUGAUGUUAAAGGAAAUCAAAGCAUUUCAAGAAUAUUGUUAAAAAAUAAGAAGAUCAAGGAUAAAAUGAUUCUUGCACCAUUCAAUUUUGGGGAUGUUCAUUGGGCGUUGCUUGUCAUUGAUCCAGAUGCCGGAAUUAUAUAUUUCUUGGAUUCGAUGGAUAGUGGCUCUGAAUCAAGACUUCUAUUUUGUAAAAAUAGAUUUGAAAAUGCUUUGCUAAUUUACCGUGCCUAUAAUCAAACUAAACCGGCAAAAUCAAGUAGAAUCAAAUGGAUAAGAAUAAAGUGUCCCCAGCAAACUAACACUAUUGACUGUGGAUAUUUUGUGUCGCGCUUUAUGAAAGAGGUUGUCAUGCAAUAUCCAAAGAAGAUUCCCGAUAAUUAUUUUGAUGAAUACAAAUGUGGUACAUACUCUAAGGAUAAGUUAAGUGAAGUGAAGGAUGAAUGGGCAGGAUAUAUUUUCACAAAUGUUAUCCCCGGCGGAAGUUGGAUAAUGGACUUCUUGGAAACAUGAAAGAUGCUUGGUUGGGCAAUUGGCAGAGGAAUAUUGUUUAGGUUAAUUAGCUUGUCUUGUUAUAAGUAGUGUCAUGAACAUCAUCUAGCGGGUUAGGUUAAUUAGUUUGUUUUUGUCUUGGACACAAAAUUGUCUUGCUUCUUUGUUUGUUUUGUGAAGGAUGGGAGACUAUGUAAUGUGAUGGUAUUUAUUGGCCUUCUUUGUGCCUUUUUAUAUCUUUAUUAAUAUAACUUUGCCUUUU